AUGUCGCGGAAAAACACGUCGCAACGAGACAGUGGCCAUUCUGGUUUUGAAGUACCCGAAGAUGGUUACAGAGAUCUAUUUGGUGAGCUUAUACCGCCUGAUGAGUGUGUCAGUAAUGAAGAGGCUAAAAACAAAUCGAAUAAGAAGACACCAAAAAAAAGGAAACAACCAUAUGACGAUUUUUUUGACACUCCGAUAAGACCUAAAAGAGUGUUUAUUCAUACCCCAAGGUUUCAGUUGUAUCAACUGAGCCUUAACGUCAGUGGAGUACAACACAUACAAGACAGUCCUCAAAUAAGUAUAAAUAAUGAGUCCAAGAGAAAUAAUGGGAAUAAUGACAAUGAUAAGAAAUCUCAACAAGUUUUUGAAGGAGUAGUUGUAUUUGUAGAUUAUAAAAUCGAAUAUGAUCGCAAAAGUACUACCAUUUCCCAAAAGCUCAUUAGUAUGGGUGCUAAAGUCGAAAAAACAUUCAAUCGAAAAGUUACUCAUGUGAUGUUCUGUGAUGGCUAUCGUAGUACAUAUAAUAAAGCAGUUGAACGUAACAUCCCACUGGUUUCAGCAAGGUGGAUGGAAUACAGCUAUAAAGCUAAUAAAAUGCUGGAUCCAGCUACCUAUCCGCCUGUAGGUAUAGAAAAAUACACAAAAACGCCACCAAGGAAAAUUAAUAUUCCAGUACACAAAUCAUAUUCAAUUGGAAGAUGGCUAUCUCAUCAACAAUAUUUGAUUUCAGAUUUGUCUGAACCUGUCAAAGAUUUUCAAAUACGUCGUCAUAAAAUAUUUGGUUCGGCGUUGAAAUUUAAUAUAUUUGAUGAUGCUGGUAUAUACAUAUCAGAUAGCUGUGAAUCACCAGCCAAACUCUUAAGACGAUUGGUGCAAGCUUGUGGUGGACAUUGUACAAGUACUGAAUCUAUUGCAAAUGUAGUGGUUGGUUAUACACUACAAAUGAACAAUAAUAUUCACGAAAAAUGGAUUUUAGACUGCAUAACCCAAGGGAUAUUGCUAAAUAAAUGUCAGUAUAACUUAGUUAAUUUUAAUGAAAAAUGA